AAAUUCCAAAUAAUCAACUAAUUCAAGAUCUCAAUGAACGACCAUUAAGAAAUUCUCAAAUUACCAACCUCGAAUCACAAAAUUUGCCUAUUUAUACAUCUCCUGAUAAUAUUCAAGAAAAGGCGCCUAUAUUUAACAACUGUCAAUUUCAAAAU